GGGAAAAUUCAGUUUUGGAUAUUCAUUGCUCGUCGAUACGCGUUUGCAGGUUGAGUGGCCUGCCUAUGAGUUUGUUCGGUUGAAUCAUUGAUAAUUUUCUGCAUUCUUCAUAUUUGAUUCGUGCAAUACAGCAAUAUGAGCCAGUGUGUUGGCGUGGAAGUUAUAUCUAAAGCUUCGGAGAAAUUUUCUCUUCCUUCCUCAAGUGAUGAAGAUGAACCAAUUGUUAUGAAAAGAAGAAAAAAGAAGACAAAAUUUAAAUCAUCGCCUAAUCCUGAACAUUCAUAUGAGGAUGAAAGGGUAGAAGAACAAAAAUCUUCUGGAAAAAAGAAGAAAUCGCGAAGAAUUCAGAUGGAUUCAGAUUCUGAUAAUGAUUCUGUAAAUAUGAACAAAGACAUUGAGUCUAGUCAGCGAACAGUUGAAAAUAAUGAGAAAAUUAUAGACUGCAAUAAUGGAAUUAUUUCCAAAAAAGAUCAUAAUGUCGAUAUUGAAACUCAUCGUAAUACACUAAAUACAGAUGAUGACUCGGCAGAAAGUGAUGUAGAGUCGACAAAAAGUGAUGAUUUGACCGAAAAUGCCGUUGAUGAACUAAAGAUCGAUAGCGAAUCAAUAAAAGAUGAAGAUGAAAUUCCAAUUUCCGAAAUUGAUGAAACUCGCAAUGAAGAGGCAAAAGUUGACAAUGACUCACCAGAAAGUGAUAUUGAAUCUGACAGUUCUAGCGAUGAUGACGCUCCACCAUUACGAUUAUUUAGAAAUAAAAAUCCAACAAAUGUCAACGAAAGCCGAGGAAUAAAUUGUGAGGAUAAUGAUGUGUAUGAUAAUGAUGAUGAUGAUGUAAUCAGACCAGAUCCGAGUGAAAUAGCUGAACCUCGAAUGUCUAAACCAGGAUCAAGUCGAAAUACAAUGAUGCAAUUACACAGUGAAACACAAAGACUUUUACGAGAAUCAUCUGUCAACUUGCCGUACCAUCGACCAGAACCCAAGAAAUUAUCUGAGUUCAUGAAAAGACCCGUUCUCGGAAAACCGACAACAGAAAGUGACAAGAUGAAAUCAGCAAACUUUGUGGAAGAUAUCAGUGCCAAUGUUGUGGAUGACCUACCUGACAUAGGUGAAAAUGCUGAUGACAUCAUAAUGCCGAUUAUUCAGGACACUAAAAAUAUUGAAGAGGCUAUGGAGCAAUCAAAUGAUACUGAAAGCGUACCAGAAUGCAUAGGAAUAAAUAAUGUCAAUUCUAUCAAUGAUACUGCCUCACAAAGCACCCAACCAAUGCCUGCACCUAGCAGGCCACUCACUAGAAGAGAAAAAUUGUUGCAACAAAUUGGAUCUAGAUUACCUCAGCUCCAACCGAAGAAAAAUGAAAUAAGCCCAAACAAGUUUAUCGAUCUGGACGAUGAAUCGACAAAGAAAACACAAAAUGCCGGAGUGAAUUCAUUAAUGGAAAGAUUCAUGAAACAUUCAAAAGCUGGAAGACGCCGUGACACCGACAAGAAAAGACAAGUAGAGUUGAAUAUUGUCAAAAAAGUUGAACGUUCCGAUGGCUCAGGAGUGGAUCUAGUAAGUGAUGUUGUUACAGCAGUUGUUGGUACAGAUGAUGAUCAAGACAAAGAUGGCUUGAAUGCUGUGAAGAAUGCCGAGACAGGUGGCACACCAGGUCAAAGGUUACAACUGUUGCGACAGCAACUUGCUGAAAAAAUGAAAAAGAGAAGAGAGGUGGAAAGAAAAAAAAGAGAAGAAUUACAUAAACUCGACAAUGAAGAUCUUGAUCAGUCAGAGGAGGAAGAAGAGGAAGACUGUGAUUGGUCAGAUGAUGAAAGUGGUGAGGAAGGGGCGGAGUCUGAUAAUGAUGAAGUUGAAAAACCAAUUAAAGAAAAGCAAAGGCGGGGCAAUGGGGUGAUUGACAGCUCUGAUGAGAGCGAGGACGAAGAUACGCAACCAAUGGAAGAUAGUUGUUCUAAAGCCAGUAAUAAUACUUCACUACCUCGUACCAUAAAUGAAGGUUCUGUUAUGUUGUUUGAAGAUAGUACAAGAUCAAGUGCUUCAACUUUUAAUAAAUCUGGCCGUAUGACUCCAGCUCUUGAUCGUACUUGUUCAGAUGAUAGUUUCUAUGGUUCAAUGAUUCCUUUGCAUCAACCAGAAGUUUCUAAUAUUUCAAAUUCAUCUCAUUUUACCAGACCUCAUCUUUCAAAGCAAGGGGAAUUUGACGACACUUGUUUUGAAUCAGAUUCUCGAUCUCUAUCCCAACCUUUCAGACUUGAUUUUGAAGCUUCACAAAGUCAGUUUCUUGAUGCUGAUGGAUUUAUAAAGGAGAGUAGCAUCAGCAAACCUGCAGCAAAGCGAACCUUACUGCCCCCUGGUGCUGAAGAUGACAAUGCAAUGACGGACUGCAACAUGUCGCAACUAUUAGGUCUCUGCUCUGCUCCAUUUGACACUCCAAAAUCUCAGAGGAAACCAGAAAUCUCACGACUCAUGAAUUCAGGAAAUGACUCGGCGAUUAAUCAUACUCAAGAUCUGAUUGGUCUCUGUACAGGAAACUUCACAGACUCAAUUGCACCAUUGGAUACGAAAGACGCAACAAAUGAUGCCACACAAGAUGACAAAGACAAAACUGAUUGCGAUGUCACAAAUCAUGAUGAUAACUCUGCAGAUUUGUUCAGAACAAAUAAUGUUGAUGUUGAUGAAAGCUUCGGUUUCAAUAUAUUGUCAGGAAAUCCUAAGAAAAGUCAACCAGACCCAGAAAGUCAAUUCUCAGACCAUGAGAAUUCUGAUGUUGACAAGGAUGACAACGAAGAUGACGAUGAUGAGCCGAUGCUAAUUGUUCGAAAAAAGAAAUACACUCGUCAAAGAAUCGCUCGAGAAUUCCUUGAAAAUGAAGCUGAAUUGUCUGGAAGUGAUGAAGGAAGUGGAGACGAAGAUGAGGAUGCCGGUCCUGAUGAGUAUGAAGUAGAUGAACCGGUAGAGGAAUUACCAGAAGAAGAAGAAAUUGCUCGACAACUUAAUCGUGUCCAACGUCGGCAGCAACAAGAAGAUGAUCAAAGAGAUAUUGAAUUGUUACAAGAAGCUUUGCUCGGCGGAGAGGAAAUUGCACAGAGAGAAAGAAAAUUUAGAUGGAAAAAUAUUGAUUCUUCCAUGACUGAAGAUAUUUUAAAAUCUGACGAUGAAGAAGGUGACAACAAAGAAAAUCCUCUACCCGAAGGACCGGAAGAUACUCAGUGGAUGAGAGAACGAUUGGAAAGAGAGGAAUUUUUACAGAAGAAUGAAGUUCCCAGCUUACAAUCCGAAGACUCACAGCUUAUCAACUUAGGUCGUCAAGUUAUAUUAAGUCGACAGAAUUCUAUUGCCGGACCUAUCACUGAUGGUAAUUCAGAGAAUUUAAACAAAGCAACGAAAAAAAUUAGGAAUGUUUGUUUGUCUGUUGAUGAGUCAUCUUGCAGCAGAGACAGUUUUAAAAAUAAGGGCCACCGAGGUUCAUUCUUAUCUCGUUCACAAGUUGUAUUGACCAAACUUGCUUCCUUGCCAGGAAUUAAGAACGUGAAUGGACCGAAACAUUCGGAUAAAAUGUUAUUUAAGGUUGUUUCACCAGAAUCAAAUAAACGAAUGAAACGUAAAAAACUGUCGGAAAUUAGCAACAGCACUGUCAAAGAACCUCCAAGAAAACGUACAAAAGUUAUCAAUAUUAAUGAAGAUUCUAAUAGUGUUUUUGAUUUGAUGUAAAACUCUCCCAACUAUGUGAUAAUCAAUAUAUGAUUGUGUUUGCAAUUGUUGAAAAGUGUGAAGUACACACUCAAUAUCGUCGGCGCUCCAAAGUCCCAAAGUUUUAUGACCGAUUCCUGAAUACCACUCGGAACCAGACCUCAAUACCGUAAAAUACACCAUACUCCAAUUUUGCAGCCUUGCUCAGGUCUUCAUUCAAUUUUUUAAAUGAGAAUUUAGGUAUGCUGCAAUUCACCAUAUUGUAGACAAUAUUCGUAGGCACAGCGGAAAUUUUAAUUCAAUAUAUAUAAUUAAUUAUUCUGGUAAGUUUGAUUAUGAAAUAUCACAACUUACUUUUCCCAAUUCAUGGUUUUCCUGCAUUUUAAAUAUUUAAUUUCACUUUUUGUGAAUAAAAGUGCACUGUUGCUUGAUCUAAGACGGGGGUGUGCAACCGUCAAUACAGGCGGGCCAGAUAAGGCGAAAUUUUUUUCUUGUGGGCGUCAUUUGGGCCACAUGCCACGGUUUGCACACACCUGAUCUAAGACACUGCCUCAAUUAAACUGCCAAUUAAAUACGUGUUAAAAUGAAGGCGCCUCCUAUCUCGAAAAAUUAAUGAUUCCGAAUAUUACUGCCUUUGAUAUUCACUUAAAAUGCUUCUCCCUAUUUUAAUACCAUACUAAUUAGUAUAAACAACACUUCAAAGCUAAUCAAACAAUCAUAUCCAUUGGCCAUAUUUACACUAGAUUUAAUUUUUUAUCAUAUUACCUUAUCGAUUGAUAGGUGUAUUUCACUUAUUUUGUGAGUUUUUUGAAUAGCAAUCCUAUACAAUUUUGGAUUACUUGCCAAUGUAAAAUCUGAUUAAGUUUCAGAAUUCUGUAUGUGUUUUCUAUCUAGUUUAAAUGAUGGUAUGUGUUUUUAAAAACUUUUUUUUUGAAGAAGAAGAAGUCAUUGGUGUGAUAGUCUGUUACUGGCGGAUUCCAAAAUCCUCAAGUCUAAAUCAAAAAUCUUCAUCCUUGGCAAAAAGGGAUUAUUGUUUAUAAAGACAGCAACAAAGCAUAUAUUGUGUAUGCAGUACAAUGUAUUUUAUGUUGUUUCCGUAUAAGAUUAAGGGUUUGCAAAUUGCAUCGAUUAUUCUCUGGUUUACCCUAUUGCAAAUUCUAAAAACUAUAAUUUUGUUUGCUGUCUCUUUCGUGUGGGUAAUAAGUAAAAUAUAAAAAGUUACUUAAGAUAGAAUUCUGUCCGCAGUGUAAGUGUAACAAUCUAAAACGCAACACAGCCAAGAGCGUUUAAAUUUCUAUUAUGUCGCAAUCUGUUAGGGGUGAAAUGGCCACAUUUUGUCGUGUACUUUCGUGUAUGCAAAAUUCAUCCCAAUACAGGUCAGCUUCAUGCCGGAAGGGUAAAUUAACCCCCGGUGAGUACCGCUGGAUUAAAGUAUCAAUAAAUAAUCAUAUUGUGUUGAAUGGUCGUUGCAUUUGGUAUCUUGGUCAAUCUCCGUUACUUAUAAAAUAUAUGCAUGUUUGCAAUGUG